AUCAAUUGUAUUUUCUUGCCAAUUUAUUAGACGAGUCGACCUGAGCAUUGCCGGAGACAAUGUGAAAAAAGCGUAACACAGUCUAAGCAAUUUGCCUGUUCAGAUGUUUUCUGGCUUGCUAGGCAGUCUAAGUUCCGUUUUAUUUAUAAACAACAAGACACGGUGAUUCGCGUGUGUGCAACGAGCUGCCGGGUUGAACGCCUCCGGAGUGCACCAGACCCGAUAAAACGGUAACGGAGCACCGGGCUUUGCGUUUGCUACUCUGUCACUAUAAAGGUGUCCGGUACGUUCGACUUUAGAGUUAAUUAGAACUCGAGUAUGAUCACGUUCGAUCGCGCGCACGCGCGUCAACGUAAGACCUCUCUUGCAUAAUUGAACUCGUGAAUAAGCGUUACGUUAGUCGGGAUUGAAAUAUAAGGUAACAGAAUUCGAUAUAUACGAAUAAGGAAGAUCAUUCUUCUGUAAUUUUAUUGUUACAUCAAUUUCUAUUAUCUAAGAAGAUACUUCGAAAAAAUGUGUAUUUGUGUGACAGGAUCGAGCAUGUCGAUAACGCGACCACGCGUUCAACUCACUGUACGAUCUUGCUUAUGCGAUCAUCAAUGUCUCUGAUUAGGACACCAAAAUUCCAUUCAGUGUGUAUUAAUUAGGAUAGUGGUAGAAAAUGUGCAUAUAAAAAAAUACAAGUAUUGUACGUAAUCACCAAAACAAUUGAAGUAAAUCUCACAUUAUGAUAUUUGAUGAAAAAUGAAAAAUCUAAGUGAACAUAAUAAGUGGAUUUCAUUACACAAAAUAUAUUUCAGUAAAUUUUGUCUGAUUAUUGCAUUCAUUGAUCACUUCUUCAAAAUUAUUGUUAGAAAUGCAUUAUCAAGUAUAAUUUCGUUCCGUUUGCUGUUUAAGGGACUCAGAAUUUAUCCUCAUUUAUCAAAAUUAUCUGGAACUCGUAAGCAAUAUAAAAAUAAAACUCAAUGAAUACUCUGCACUUUUCUUUGAACACGAACAGUUUCUUACGACUCAAAAUCCGCUCCAUGUUCUUAAUCCUGCGAGAAUUGUUCAUUCGAGGAUCCGAGCGAGUGAGACAGCGUCACAGAUGCAAUUCCAUCGUCGAUAAACAAACAAGGAGUCAAGAAAGCUCGGUCGUCUUCGUCGACGGCACGAUUCGAGCCGAGUGUAUCUCCUCCACCUUUUCCACAGUUCGCCUACGUUCACGUCUGCUACGUUCUCCUCUCUUUCCCUCGCGGUCGUCGCGUCUUCUCACCGCGGAGAGAAGCCUCUUACUCAGGUAACUCGCGCCGUUCACCUGGAGAGAGAGAGAACCGGGUUCCUCAGUCUCGAACCGGUGGGCCGGAGGGAAGGAGCUCCGUGACCCUGAAUCCAUUCUUCUAUCUUCUAUCAUCUCGUUAUUCUUUCUACGACUGUCCAUUCGGAUUUUAUUUCGAUCGAUCGUUGAAACACUGUGAACCCGGCGCCGCGCGUAUUCAAAUCACCUCUUUUUCUUGGUCUCUCGUUAGACUGUGCCCUGUUGUUGUUAUUAGCUCCAGCGCGUGGACUCAGGUUUUGUGCAGUGAAUUGUCGUCGACUCGCUGGGAGACCCUCUCGUGCGCCGCGUACAUGUACCCAGGAGAAAAAUCGCGGCGUGGAACGUAGGAGAGAAACGAAACGAAUAUGCUGAUAAGAGAAUUGGCGGCCGUAUGGCUCGCCGUCCUCUUGUGCCAUCUUCAGCUAACGGAAUCUCAGAUUCCAUCCAGCAAUAUCUUCACCUGCCCGAACGGAUGGGAACUGAGAGGUACACAUUGUUACAAAUUCUUCAACAUCAGGCAUUCUUGGGAAAAGGCGGCGGAAUUAUGCAGGAGGUACGGCAGCGAAUUGAUGGUGGUGGAGUCGUACAGCGAGAACAACAUGUCCGCGAGCAUGAUCGGCCGGCAUUUGGAUCGUUACUGGCUCGGCCUAGCAUCCCUCGACGAUUUACGAACCAACACGCUCGAAUCCGCCGCUGGGAUGCUCGUCUCCCAAUACGCUGGUUUCUGGGCAUCGAGGCAGCCGAAUCCGCAGUCAGGCGAAUGCGUCGACGUCACAUUGUCGGAUGACCGGCAAACCUGGGAAUUGACCACGUGCGAAUCGUUGCUCCCUUUCAUGUGUCGUGCCGAGGCCUGUCCAGCUGGCUCUUUUCAUUGUUCGAACGGGAAGUGCGUGAACGCUGCGUUCAAAUGCGACAAGCAGGACGAUUGCGGCGACUUCUCAGACGAGAUAGACUGUCCUAACAACUGCCAGUUUUACAUGGCAAGUAGCGGUGACGUCGUCGAGAGUCCUAAUUAUCCACACAAAUAUGCACCCCUUAGCAAUUGUAAAUGGACCUUGGAAGGGCCCCAAGGCCACAAUAUCCUGUUACAGUUCCAAGAGUUCGAAACAGAGAAAAGCUUUGAUAUAGUUCAAAUCUUAGUCGGCGGUAGAACUGAGGAGAAAUCCGUGAACCUCGCCACCUUAUCCGGUAAACAAGAGCUCAGCAAUAAGCUGUUCAUCUCGGCGUCGAACUUCAUGAUCAUCAAAUUCAGCACGGACUCGUCGGUGGAGAGGAAGGGUUUCCGGGCUUCGUGGAAAACCGAGCCGCAAACUUGUGGCGGGAUUCUACGGGCGACUCCCCAAGGACAAGUUCUCACUUCUCCUGGAUAUCCGCAAAACUAUCCUGGAGGAUUAGAGUGUCUGUACAUAUUGCAGGCACAGCCCGGUCGCAUAAUGUCGCUGGAGAUCGAGGAUUUGGAUUUCGAAAUGAAUCGAGAUUACAUUUUAAUCAGGGACGGUGACUCGCCUAUGAGCAGGCCGAUAGCCAGACUGACCGGAAAAUCGGAGGACAAUCCCACAGUGAUUAUGUCAACCGGUAGUAAUCUGUAUCUUUACUUCAAGACAAGCCUCGGCGAUUCCAGAAGAGGAUUCAGUAUUAGAUAUACUCAGGGUUGCAAGGCGACGAUUAUUGCCCGAAACGGCACAGUGCAGUCGCCGUCGUUCGGCUUAAACGAUUAUCCUAACAAUCAGGAAUGUUUGUACAAAGUGAAGAAUCCUCAGGGAGGUCCGUUGUCGUUGAAGUUCGUCAACUUCAACGUUCACAAGACUGACUUCGUGCAGAUAUACGAUGGUCCGAAUACCAAUGGUCUUCGUUUGCAUCCUGGGAACGGUUUCACGUCCAGCACCACACCAAAGAUCACUUUGACUGCAGAGAGUGGAGAAAUGUUGGUCAGGUUCACUUCCGAUGCUCUUCAUAGCAGUUCCGGCUGGCAAGCAGAGUUCUCAGCAGAUUGUCCGUAUCUUCAAUCGGGCGAGGGAGCACUAGCCUCCAGCAGAGAUACCGCGUUCGGUACAGCGGUCACGUUCUCGUGUCCCCUGGGUCAGGAGUUCGCCACUGGCAAACCAAAAAUCAUCACGGAGUGCCUUCCGGGCGGGAACUGGUCCGUCACAUAUAUACCAAAGUGUCAGGAAGUCUACUGUGGUCCGGUACCACAGAUCGAUAAUGGUUUUUCCAUCGGAUCUUCGAAUGUUACUUAUCGAGGCUUAGCUACUUAUCAGUGCUAUGCUGGUUUUGCAUUCCCAUCUGGUAGACCCACCGAGAAGAUCUCUUGCAUGGCUGAUGGCCGAUGGGAAAAGAAGCCUUCUUGUUUAGCCUCACAGUGUUCGCCACUUCCGGAAGCGCCGCACUCGAACAUUACCAUUCUUAACGGAGGCGGACGGAGCUAUGGGACAAUCGUUCGGUUCGAGUGCGAACCGGGAUACGUCAGAAGCGGGCAUCCGGUAAUUCUCUGCAUGAGCAACGGAACGUGGUCCGACGAGGUGCCAACUUGUUCUCGUGCAAAGUGCCCGUUGCUGCCUACGAUCAAGAACGGUUUCGUAGUCGACACGAGUAGGGAAUACUUUUAUGGCGACGAGGCCAGAGUGCAAUGCAACAGGGGAUAUAAAUUGUCCGGGUCUAACAUCAUACAAUGCGGACCUAGUCAACAGUUCGACAACGUUCCCACUUGUGAAGAUAUAAAUGAAUGCGCAUCAAGCCAAUGCGAUUUGGCGUCGACGGAGUGCCUCAACAAUCCCGGCGCGUUUACGUGCAAGUGCAAGCCUGGCUUCGCUCCAACUAUGGAAUGCAGGCCAAUAGGCGAUCUCGGAUUAAUCAAUGGCGGUAUUUCAGACGAAUCUAUCACAGUUUCUAGUUCUGAGAACGGAUAUACCAAAACCGGUAUACGUUUGAACAAUGGUGACGGAUGGUGCGGGAACAACAUCGAGCCAGGUGCAAACUGGGUGAUGAUCGACAUGAAGGCUCCAACGAUCAUCCGUGGUUUCCGUACGCAGAUCGUUUCCAGAGUCGAUGGGAACAUAGCUUACACGUCAGCAGUUCGAAUUCAGUAUACCGACAACUUGACUGACACCUUUAAAGAUUAUACCAAUCCAGAUGGAACACCGGUGGAGUUCAGAAUACUCGAACCAACUUUGUCCGUUCUGAAUCUGCCUGUUCCGAUCGAAGCUCGCUAUCUAAGAUUCCGUAUUCAAGAUUACGUUGGCGCGCCCUGUCUAAAGCUCGAAAUCAUGGGUUGCACCCGUUUAGAGUGCACAGAUAUUAACGAGUGCGCCACUAAUAACGGCGGCUGCCAGCAGAAAUGUAUAAACAAUCCUGGGAGCUAUUCUUGCAUGUGCAACACGGGAUACGAAUUGUACAAAGGGAACGGGACUGCUGGUUUUUAUAUUGAGAGAUACGAAACCGGUGAAAGGGACGGCGAUUUAUAUCAGAAGAACAAAACCUGCGUGCCUGUCAUGUGCCCAGCACUCGCGUCGCCGGAGAACGGGAAAUUAUUGUCGACCAAGCAACAGCAUCACUUUGGGGAUCUAGUGAAGUUCCAGUGCAACUUCGGAUACGUACUGUCCGGAUCCUCUGCUGUUAUCUGCACGUCGAGCGGAGUUUGGAACGGAACCACUCCAGAGUGCCAAUAUGCCAAGUGCGUAUCGCUGCCAGACGACAAGAACGAGGGAUUAUCCGUGAUUCGUACCGACGAAGCCAGUGUUUUGGUACCAUUCAAAGAGAACGUGACACUGAAGUGCAACAGCAACGGCCGAUACCUUCGAAACACAGCUACUUCAGGCUUCCGCCAAUGUGUGUACGACCCUAAACCUGGCCUGCCAGAUUACUGGCUAUCAGGAUCGCAACCAGCUUGUCCGAGGGCCGACUGUGGAAAACCUCUGCCAACUCCUGGAGCCGAGUACGGUCAAUAUUUAGACACCAAAUACCAAUCCUCCUUCUUCUUCGGAUGCCAGGACACGUUCAAACUAGCUGGGCAGACUAACCGACACGAUAACGUGGUCAGGUGUCAAGCUAAUGCCAUUUGGGACUUCGGGAACCUCCGAUGCGAGGGUCCAGUCUGCGAAGAUCCUGGAAGACCCAGCGACGGCUUCCAGAUAGCACGAAGUUAUGAACAGGGAUCGGAAGUUCAGUUUGGUUGCAGUAGGCCAGGGUACAUACUGAUCAAUCCUAGACCGAUAGUCUGCGUUCGAGAACCGGAGUGCAAAGUUGUAAAGCCUCUCGGGCUCGCUUCCGGUCGAAUUCCCGACUCAGCGAUCAAUGCGACAUCGGAGAGGCCGAACUACGAGGCCAAGAAUGUUCGCCUGAACUCCGUGACCGGGUGGUGUGGAAAACAAGAAGCUUUCACUUACGUCAGCGUCGACUUGGGCCAAGUUUACAGGGUGAAAGCGAUUUUAGUUAAAGGCGUGGUGACGAACGACGUCGUUGGCAGACCGACGGAGAUCAGGUUCUUCUACAAACAGAGCGAGAUCGAGAAUUACGUGGUCUACUUCCCUAACUUCAACCUGACCAUGAGGGACCCUGGGAAUUACGGAGAGCUAGCGAUGAUCACUUUGCCUAAAUACGUCCAAGCUCGUUUCGUGAUCCUCGGAAUAGUUAGCUACAUGGACAACGCUUGCUUGAAGUUUGAACUAAUGGGAUGCGAAGAACCAGUCGCGGAACCACUACUGGGUUACGAUUAUGGUUUCUCACCGUGCGUGGAUAAUGAGCCACCGGUGUUCCAAAAUUGCCCUCAGCAACCGAUUGUCGUGCAAAAGGGACCUGAUGGUGGAUUAUUACCCGUGAAUUUCACUGAACCGACGGCUAUCGAUAACAGUGGAAGCAUCGCUCGAUUGGAAGUAAAACCUCAUAGUUUCAGGACGCCGCUUAGGGUGUUCCAGGAUACUGUGGUGAAAUACGUGGCGUUUGAUUACGAUGGGAACGUGGCCAUUUGCGAGAUCAACAUCACCGUACCUGACGUGACGCCGCCGAAGCUCAGCUGCCCACAGAGCUACGUGAUAGAAUUGGUAGAAAGACAGGAGAGCUACAGUGUAAACUUCAACGAAACGCGUAGAAGAAUCAAUGCGACGGAUGCUUCUGGUCCAGUGAAGAUCACAUUCGUACCAGAAAGAGCAGUGAUACAGAUCGGUGGUUUCGAGAACGUGACCGUUUACGCCACGGACUCGAGUGGGAACAGAGCAGUGUGCCAUUUCCAAGUCUCUGUCCAAGCGACACCCUGCGUUGACUGGGAAUUGAAAUCGCCGGCCAAUGGGGGAUUAAAGUGUGUACCUGGUGAUAAAGGACUUCAAUGCAUCGCCACUUGCAAAAACGGGUACAGAUUCACCGAUGGUGCACCAGUGAAAACGUUCACCUGUGAUGUUGCUAAACACUGGUCCCCGUCUUCGGUGGUACCUGACUGUGUCUCGGAAAACACUCAACAGGCGAAUUAUCACGUAGUAGCCGCGGUAACUUAUCGAGCAAACGGUGCCGUUUCGAGAUCUUGCCUGCCGCAAUAUCAAGAUCUCAUGUCGCAGUACUACAUGAAUUUGAAUAACAUUCUGACACAACGCUGCUCUGCUGUGAACGUGAAUAUGAAUGUAUCGUUCGUAAGAUCGGUGCCUUUCUUGCUCGAGGAAAAUGUGUUGAAGAUGGACUUCAUCCUUGUCAUCGUUCCAGCUAUACGUCAACCACAAUUAUACGAUCUUUGUGGAUCGACAUUGAAUCUGAUCUUCGAUUUAUCAGUUCCUUCUACGAGCGCAGUGAUAGAGCCUUUGUUAAACGUGUCUGCCAUAGGCAACCAGUGCCCUCCACUAAGAGCUCUAAAAUCCUCCAUCACUCGAGGUUUCACUUGCAGCAUCGGCGAAGUUUUGAACAUGGACACUAACGACGUUCCACGAUGCUUGCACUGUCCAGCGGGAACGUUCGCCGGUGAGAAGCAAAAGCAAUGUACAUCCUGCCCGAAAGGCUUCUACCAAAACAGUGACCGGCAAGGAUCCUGUCUCCGUUGCCCAUUCGGUACGUACACCCGCGAAGAGGGUUCCAAGAGCAUAGAUGACUGCAUACCAGUUUGCGGCUACGGUACCUACUCUCCUACUGGAUUGGUGCCUUGCCUGGAGUGUCCCAGGAACAGUUACACCGGCGAACCACCGGUCGGUGGUUAUAAAGACUGUCAAACCUGUCCGGCCGGAACGUUUACCUAUCAGCCGGCUGCACCAGGUCGAGAUAGAUGCAGAGCCAAAUGUUCGCCUGGCAUGUACUCGGACACCGGCUUGGCCCCGUGCGCCCAGUGCCCAAAAGAUUUCUUCCAACCACAGCACGGAGCCAUCACUUGCGUCGAAUGUCCAACGAACAUGUACACUGACAGUCCAGGCGCAGUUGGACGCGAGGAAUGCAAGCCUGUGACGUGUACAGAUAGCGUUUGUCAGCAUGGAGGCUUGUGCGUUCCCAUGGGACAUGGUGUCCAGUGUCUGUGCCCAGCUGGAUUCUCCGGACGACGCUGUGAAAUUGAUAUCGACGAAUGCGCCUCGCAGCCUUGCUACAACGGAGCCACUUGCAUCGACCUCCCACAGGGCUACAGGUGUCAGUGCGCUAAUGGGUACUCGGGGAUCAAUUGCCAAGAAGAGAAGUCAGAUUGCGCGAACGAUACGUGUCCAGAAAGGGCCAUGUGUAAGGACGAACCUGGUUUCAGUAAUUACACUUGCCUCUGCCGGUCUGGUUACACCGGAGUCGACUGUGACAUCACUAUAAAUCCUUGCACGGCCAGUGGAAAUCCUUGUAACAACGGUGCCACCUGCGUGGCUCUUCAACAAGGCCGUUACAAGUGCGAUUGUCUGCCAGGCUGGGAAGGCCAGAGCUGCGAAAUCAACACGGACGAUUGCGCCGAGAAGCCUUGUUUGUUAGGAGCUAAUUGCACGGAUCUGAUCGCAGACUUCAGUUGCGACUGUCCUCCAGGAUUCACUGGCAAACGUUGCCACGAGAAGAUCGACUUGUGUUCAGGAAAUCCUUGCCUGAACGGUAUAUGCGUGGACAAUUUAUUCAGUCACGAGUGCAUCUGCCAACCGGGAUGGACCGGCACUGCUUGCGAGACGAAUGUCAACGAGUGCUCUAAUAAACCUUGCAUGAAUAAUGGCCAGUGCAUAGAUCAGAUCAACGGGUACACCUGCACCUGCGAGCCUGGUUACACUGGCAAGCAAUGUCAACAUACUAUCGACGACUGUGCAUCUGAACCUUGUCAGAACGGUGGAACCUGUGUGGAUCAACUCGAAGGAUUCGUCUGCAAAUGCAGGCCAGGUUUUGUCGGACUCCAAUGUGAAGCAGAAUUGGAUGAAUGUCUCAGUGACCCAUGCAGUCCUGUCGGAACCGAUCGCUGUGUCGAUUUGGAUAACACUUUCAUGUGUCAUUGUCGUGAAGGGUACUCCGGAGCGUCUUGCGAGAUCAAUAUCGAUGACUGUGCCUCUGACCCUUGUCUCAAUGGGGCCACGUGCAGGGAUGAAGUCGGUGGGUUCAAGUGCAUGUGCCCAGAGGGUUGGACCGGAGUUCACUGCGAGAUAGACGUCGGCAUGUGUCAGAACCAUCCUUGCCAGAACGAUGCCAACUGCGUGGAUUUGUUCAUGGAUUACUUCUGUGUGUGUCCGUCGGGAACGGAUGGAAAGCAGUGUGAAACAGCGCCAGAACGCUGCAUUGGAAAUCCUUGCAUGCACAAUGGACGUUGCCAGGACUUCGGAUCCGGACUCAAUUGUACUUGCCCCGAUGAUUUCACCGGAAUUGGAUGUCAGUACGAAUACGACGCUUGUCAAGCUGGUGCUUGCAAGAACGGAGCCACGUGCCUCGACGAAGGCCCCGGUUUCACUUGCAUUUGCCCACCGGGAUACACAGGUAAAACUUGCGAGGAUGAUAUAAUCGACUGCAAGGAGAACUCUUGUCCACCGUCGGCAACUUGCAUCGAUCUCACUGGAAAAUUCUUCUGCCAGUGCCCCUUCAACUUAACUGGCGAUGAUUGCAGAAAAUCUAUUCAAGUGGAUUACGACUUGUACUUCAGCGACCCAGCGCGCAGUAGCGCGGCUCAAGUGAUCCCAUUCUUUACCGGGGCUAGGAAGAGUUUGACAGUAGCGAUGUGGGUACAGUAUACUCAGAAAGACGAAGCUGGAAUAUUCUUCACGCUCUACGGCGUCAGUUCUCCUCAUGUUCCAACGAAUAGAAGACUCAUGAUUCAAGCACAUAGCAACGGUAUUCAAGUUUCCCUGUUCCACGACUUGCAAGACGUCUAUCUACCGUUCAGGGAAUACGCAACUAUUAACGAUGGCCAGUGGCAUCACGUUGCCGUCGUUUGGAACGGCGAGAAUGGUGGCGAGCUGGUUUUAAUCACGGAAGGACUAAUUGCUAGUAAAACCGAGGGUUACGGAAGUGGAAGGUCCUUACCAGCUUAUGCAUGGGCGAUGUUAGGCAAACCUCAGAGUGAGAACGCGAAAGGUUACACCGAAGCAGGCUUCCAAGGAACUCUGACCAAGGUACAGAUCUGGAGUCGAGCCUUGCACGUGACGAACGAGAUUCAGAAGCAAGUUCGCGAUUGUCGCACCGAACCAGUCCUUUACCAAGGCUUGGUGCUGACCUGGGCAGGCUACGAUGAAACGAUCGGCGGCGUGGAGAGAGUGGUACCCUCGCAUUGCGGACAAAGAGUGUGUCCACCGGGAUACGGUGGUAACAAGUGUCAACAAUUGGAAUCGGACAAGAUCCCGCCUAAAGUAGAACACUGUCCGGGCGAUCUUUGGGUGAUCGCCAAGAACGGCUCGGCUAUAGUUAGCUGGGACGAGCCACGGUUCGUGGACAACGUCGGCAUAACGAGGGUUCAGGAGAAAAACGGUCACAAAUCUGGUCAGACACUGAUGUGGGGAAUUUAUGACAUUAGCUACGUGGCUUACGAUCAGGCUGGGAACUCUGCCAGUUGUAAUUUCAAGGUCUACGUGCUAUCUGAUUUCUGCCCAGAAUUGCCUGAUCCGAUCGGAGGAACUCAACAAUGCAAGGACUGGGGAUCCGGUGGUCAGUUCAAGGUUUGCGAAAUCUUCUGCAACGCUGGUUCGAGGUUCUCUCAGGAAGUUCCGAAGUUCUAUACUUGCGGUGCCGAAGGAUUCUGGAGGCCUACCAACGACCCCUCCCUACCUCUCGUCUAUCCAGCUUGCACAACUGCUACACCAGCUCAGCGUGUAUUCAGAAUCAAAAUGAACUUCCCAACGUGGGUUCUUUGCAAUGAAGCCGGCCAAGGAGUACUCAAGAAGAAGGUCCGCGACGCUGUGAACUCUCUAAACAGAGACUGGAACUUCUGCUCAUAUUCUUAUGAAGGAACUCGGGAGUGCAAAGAUUUGCACAUCGACGUCCAAUGCGACCACCGCCUGCGCACGACUAGAGAGACCAACGAAGAGGACGGUGGAACUUACACAAUCUCUGCGGUAGUCCCAGCUGAACCAACGAGACAAGCUCGGCAAGGAAGCGAUACCUACGAGGUGGAGAUCUCGUUCCCGGCAAUAAACGACCCGAUUUUGAACGCGAACUCGAACGAGAGAGCGACCGUUCAAACUCUGUUGGAAAGAUUGAUCCUAGAAGAGGACCAGUUCGACGUUCACGACAUUCUACCUAAUACUGUGCCCGACCCAGCUUCCCUAAUUUUGGAAUCUGAUUACGAUUGCCCUGUGGGACAAGUGGUCAUGGCACCUGACUGUGUGCCUUGCGCCGUGGGAACGUAUUACGACGAAGAAACGAAACAGUGUCUGUCCUGUCCUGUGGGAAGCUACCAAAGCGAAUCGGGUCAACUGAAAUGCAGUUCUUGUCCUGUGAUCGCUGGUCGUCCCAGCGUGACGGUGGGACCAGGAGCACGGAGCGCGGCCGACUGCAAGGAAAGGUGUCCCGCGGGAAAGUAUUACGACGACGUGGCUGGCUUAUGUCGUAGCUGUGGCCACGGAUUCUAUCAACCGAACGAGGGCAGCUUCUCUUGCUUGCUGUGCGGAUUGGGAAAAACUACGAGGACACCGGAAGCCGUGUCCCGGGAGGAAUGCAGAGACGAGUGCGGGUCCGGACAACAGCUGGCUGUGGAAGGAAAAUGCGAACCGUGUCCAAGAGGAACUUACAGGACUCAGGGAGUCCAGGCUGCGUGCCAGCAGUGUCCCAUUGGCAGGACCACGCCGAAUAUGGGCUCCGCGGUGAUAGAAGAAUGCUCGUUGCCUGUAUGCGAGCCGGGGACGUAUUUGAAUGGAACUUUGAACGAAUGUAUGCAGUGCAAGAAGGGAACCUAUCAGUCGGAGCCGCAGCAGACCUUCUGCAUACCCUGUCCUCCGAAUACUAGUACCAAAGGAACCGCUGCAACUAGCAAAGCGGAUUGCACGAACCCGUGCGAGACGAGCGACGCGGAAAUGCACUGCGACGCGAACGCCUAUUGUCUCCUGAUACCGGAAACGAGCGAUUUCAAGUGCGAGUGCAAGCCCGGAUACAACGGAACCGGAACGGAGUGCACAGACGUCUGUAUGGAUUACUGCGACAAUGAGGGUGUGUGCCUGAAAGACUCGCGGGGACAACCUUCCUGCAGAUGUAGCGGCAGUUUUACUGGCAAACGGUGUACCGAGAAAUCAGAAUUCUUCUACAUCACCGGCGGCAUCGCAGGUGGAGUUAUCUUAAUCAUCUUUGUCGUUCUUCUCGUAUGGAUGAUCUGUGUCAGAGCUUCCAGAAAGAAGGAACCUAAGAAGAUGUUAACACCAGCUACUGAUCAAAACGGAUCGCAAGUGAACUUUUAUUACGGCGCGCCUACGCCGUACGCGGAAUCCAUAGCACCGUCACAUCACAGCACCUAUGCUCACUAUUACGACGACGAAGAAGACGGCUGGGAAAUGCCCAAUUUUUACAACGAGACCUACAUGAAAGAGAGUCUUCAUAAUGGCAAGAUGAACAGUCUCGCUCGUUCGAACGCUAGUAUUUACGGCACGAAAGACGAUCUUUACGAUAGACUGAAACGUCACGCUUAUCCUGGCAAGAAAGACAAAAGCGACAGCGACAGCGAGGGUCAGUGACUAUAAUAAGUAAUCAACAUUCUACCGUUGUAGAAUACGAAGACGGAAGAAAAAUGUCGACGUCCCUGUCACGCGAACCAUAAAGAGGCGUCGCCCCAUCGUCGAGAGACCAAUUUAUUUAUUAUUCCCAGACGCCGCGGCGCAGCGCCGGUCAAGUUCAACGGUUCGAGGAGCGAGGAACGAAAAUUGAGCUCCAAGGGCCGGUCUCGAACGCGUGUACGCGACGUGUACGAUAAUUAAAAGUGCUGAUAAAUGCUAGAACACAUCUAGGCUAGAGACGUGAUCGAGUCCUGGAACGACGAUCCAUCGAUCAGGUGAGAUCGUUGUUUCGGCGCUCGCAGUUAGAUCGACGAAUAUCGAGAAUGAGAAAGACUAUACAUAUACACAAGCGCGAGAUUGUAAUUUUUUGUAAUUUAUAAUACCAACUAUAUAGUUAAGGACUUUUUUCUAUCGAUUAACUUUUUAUGUACCUCUCUCUCCUUUUCUCUGCUCGCCUUGACGUAAGAGGGAACGGGAAAAUGAGAGAGAAAGAGAGAGAAAGAAAGAGAGCAAAAGUGUGUGCAUGUAUGUUAAUAUAAUCUUCUCUUCCCCCACCCCCUCCUUUUAUACAUAAGCGAACUCAUAUUUUGUUACUAUAGAUAAUAUUGUGUAUCACACUCGUUGUAAUAUAAAAUGCGUAGGCGGCUAACGCGGGGGACAAAUCAAAAGAUGUGAAAUGAACAAAUGUACAUUGAAUUAACGCCUACGAACAGGUUCUCCACUUACAUUGUAAAAACUUUAACAACGGUUGUUUUCUUUUUUUAUUAAUAAAAUGUAUUACGAGACA